AAGAAAGACUAUGAAAGGAAAUUUUAGACAAGUUUAAGUUUGUCAUUUAUUUUGUUUAUAAACAUGUUUUCAAGCUUUUGUAUUUUUAUUUUUGAUUUUGUUUUGUUGUUGUUGUUUCCAAACACCUUCCUUCCGCACCAACGUUUUCCGGCUGAAUUGUAUACAAAGUUUGCGGCUUUUUUGGCUGGCCAAAUGAAUAUUGCCGCAAGUGUAGGUAUAUAGUAUGUAUGUACACAUGCACAUAAAUAUAUAAAUAAAUUAUGGACAAUCGGUAUGGCCAAAAUGUUUGAAGUUAAGUCAAGUUUAGUUUAUAGUUUCAGUCGUAAACGAACCGCGUCAACGAUUCAACGAUUUCUGCGCAUGCGCGGCGAUAAAUAUUUAAAUGUAAACUGCCAAAAGCGAAACGAUAAUAUAAAAAUACAAAGUAACUGCAUUACAAAAUACUUUGCCUGUGAUAGGUGUUAAAAGGCAUACUUGCGCACAAAUAAAUUUAUAUUAAAUAUACGAAAUAAUUUUUCUCAUUGAGUGCGGUAAAGCGGUAUACUCGGAGACCAUAAAGUGUCGUUUAACGUGUUUGAAUUUGCCUUAAAUUAGGUCUAUUCAAUCUAAUUUUUACCAAUUUAGUAAUUCGAUUUGAAAUGACGCGCUAAUUGUAGUUGAGGUCAGUGUGACCUUAGUUGGGCCUUUAGGCCAGAUACGUUCGUUUCAGAAAAUCAAAACCAAAACAAUGAAAAAAAAAUAGAUUGGUAAAAAAUUUUAAUAUACAAAAACAUACAUUGUGCUUUAUGCUUUGAGCGUUAUUAACAUAAAAUAAACUACAACAACUACAACAAUAACAGCUACAGAUCAACACCGUACUCAGCUAUCAAAGUGUCGAAUGGAAAAAUGAAAGUACUACAUAUAUUACAGCCAACACACUGGCUUACAUACGUCUGCGCCAUAGCCAUUGUUGUUACCGUUGUUGGCGAUUAUGCAAGUGCGCUGGAGCAGCAACAACAGCAGCAGCAAGCACAAUCACAGGCGCAGGCGCAGGCACCACGACAGCGACAGCGACAGCGAGAGCAAGAUCAGCCAACAAGAUCGCCCCAAAAACAACUUCAAGAUGCGGAAGUAAAUCGUACAAAUCGUACGGCCAGCGAUUCGUUAAGAUUUGGCACAAAAAUUGUUGAUUAUCCUGUUGCCAAAUUGGUUGGUAGCAGCGCUGGUAGCAGUACUACCAAGCAGAAACCUCCAGACAAUACGGUCACAUCGUCCAGCGAUGGUGUGAGAAAUGUAGCUGCAUCAAGGGUCGCACGCCGCUAUGAUGCGUCCACAGCGUCAGCUAUGCAACAAGUUGGCCAAUUUGACGUGUCGGUGGUAAAGAAAAAUCGGCGCACUAAUAACACUGCGACUGCGGUGGUUGUUCCCACAGCAGCAUCAGCUAAGCCAGAGCAACUUGCAGGUAAGAGCAGUUCACGAACAAACUCACGCGAUGGUAAAUCGGUUGCAACAGCAGCAGGUCAACGUUCCAGUUCUUUUGAUUCCCAAGCGCAAAGUGCACGUAAGGCCGCAGUUAGUCGGAACGCUGUGAAUGUAGCGAUUCAGCCACCGGCGCGUAAUGGAAGCAACAAACGCAACAAAGUUGAACCACAGUCACCGUCAACGUCUGCGCAAGUCGGUGGCGCAAGUAGUCGGCGCGAGUUGAAGAAGUCGAGAAAAGAUUUGAGUGCAGCGAAUGGAGUGGUUAGAGGCAAAAAGUCAUCGACAUCUUCAACGACGGCCAAACCAACGACCACGAGUGCUCCAGCUCUAGUAUUACCCAAUUUAGCGCUAAACAAUCCCUUCAGCUUUUUCUCGCCCUCACUUUGGGGCCUUUCAAGUCCGCCUAAAACAUCAUCAACUAAAAAACCACCAAAGAAAUAUACACCACCAACAACAACGACAACGACAACGACGACAACAACAACAACAACAACGACGACAACAACCGCACCAACACCGACAAAGGGAAGGAAAAAGGUUAAACCAACAACAAUAGCUCCAAUAUUGCCGAAAGAAAUUGCCACAACCACACUUGCACCAGCCAAAAAGAGCACUACCACGACAGAUGGUCCCUUUCGUAUUGCCUUGCCAACUUUUAACUUUUUCGGUGCCCAAUCACAAAGGACCCAAGAUAAUGUCAGCGAAAAGGAUAAACGAGAUAUAGUACAAAAUCUACGUAUCCAGUUUGAGUGCCCACGCGAGAGCGAGGUACGCUUUCAGCUGUUCCCGAAAAUAUGUAAAACCGAUGAGGAUUGCACCGUGUGGAAUCGCAACGAGUUGUGUUGCGAAAUAUUUGGCGCAAAAAGCUGCGUCUCCGGCAUUGCAAAACCACUUGAGGAAACUUCCCAUACACCCAUUUUGGGUUUGAUACCACGCAAAUGUCCCACGCGUCCUUUGGCAGAGCUUUGGUGGCAAGUACAGGAAUGCGAAACGGAUAUGGACUGUUGGCCGCGUGUUUGUUGUCCAGAUGGUAAUAAACGUUAUUGUAGAACAUCACAACCGGAAUUGGAGACGGUACCUGUGCCGGUGAAACGUUCUUUCAACUAUUUAUCCGAGUAUCUGGAGUGUACGCCACCACCGCCGCCCAUCUUCGAUUUACAUCCAAAAACCUGUGCUUCCACACUGGACUGCUUUCCGAAUGUUUGUUGCCAAGAGGCGGGCUUGCGUCACUGUCGUCCACCCAAGAAGUCGCUACUCACUUGGAUGGCGAAUUUUCUCAAUGUUGAUUUUGUUAAACGGUUGGCUCAAAAUAUUGUUAUUAAAUGAAGCUUUUUCGAGUUUUGUUGGUGUUUAUUUAAGUGUGACUAAAAUUAAUUGGAACUUUUUGAAGGGUGUUUUCGCGGUCAAGUCAUUUGUAGAUAAAUUCACACAUACACGUGCUACAAGGAAUGUUUUGUUAAAAUGCCUUCAUAAGUAUUUUUAGUAUAAAUAUUGUUGUUGUAUACUUUGGUGAUAUUAUAUUUUUUUAUAAUUAAUGUUUUUAGUAUAUAUGUAUCAUAUAAUUAUUAUUAUUUAAGUAAUUAACGCACAAUGGAAUAAAUCUAGGUCAAGCUUUGGCCAAUAUCACUCGAAAUAUUAUAAA